GCGGGCAAGUUCCGACAAUUGUGGUGAAUGUGCUCUUUUCAAACAUGGGGAGGUUAUCUUUUUGAAGCACAGUACUAUGUGGGAUCUCGGUAACCGCGUUGCCGUGGUGUUGAUAAGCGUGACGUGCGGGUGCCUGCUGAUCUACGGCGCCUGGGGCGCGAUCCUGGCGCUGGCGCUCACCCUGCUCCUGGUGGUGUACGCGUGUUAUUCCCUCCUCGCCAACGACAGCCUAGUGUCGCCGCACGCUUAUCAGAUACUCGGCUACCUGAGCGAGGUGGUCCACGAGCUCGGCGCGGCGUUCCGGAUCGCCUACGGUCACGGUAUCGGACAAGUGCGUAAUCUCGGGCACAGUGCGAGUCGUUGUUACCGCGAACAUUUUCCAUUCAGGAUGCCUAAGCGACAAGCGGGCGCUUAUCAGCUGAGCAGCGAUCCUUACGUCGCCGUCAAGCGCAAGGACACCUCGUCGACGUCCGCGUCGUUAUCGGCAUCCAGAUUCAGCUCGAUCGAUCAAUUGAGCCCGAUCCUGCGUGUCCCUUGCCGCAUACGCGCCGAUGACGUGCUCGCGGGGGACGCUGGUAAGUUCUACGACGCCGGCGACAAUGAUCGCCUGUCGCGGCAACAGCGACAAUCCGCCUUCGGCAAGCACACCUCCACGCCGGUGAUCAAACCCAGUGACAGAGAGGAGAACUUUAGAAACGGCGACGUCGAUCCUGACUUGCGCCGGGUACCUUUCAAGAGGAUGUCCCCUCAUACUCAUUCGCUGAGUUAUGGGGAGAACACGACGCAAUUUAGUCCUGAGGGUUCUCCGUGGGGCGUGAGUAUUAGUCCUGCGAUGCGUCCUAGACCAGCGGGCAUAAAGACAGUCCAGACUGUAGCUGGACCAUUGUUAGCAUCGACAAGAUAUAAUAUCGAUCCAAAGGUGUAUACGGAUGUGACAUCGCCAGGUCUUACGACGAGAUUAACCAAGUAUGCUACAGAGGCAAAGAGUAAAUUAACCCAUCAAUCUCAAUACGGCGCUGGGCAGUUUCCGAAAGUUAAUCUUUAUGCGGGUCCAGUUCCUCUGCUGAAUGCAAAAUCCACAAAGAUGAGAAUGCCUGUGACAGUUAGGGUUGCAGCACCAGAUGUGACAAAGUAUUCUCCACCAGAAAGGCAAAAGAUUUUGUCUAAUAUUUAUCAUGCAGAGAACAGAUCACCUACGAGUGUUGUACAAGUAUUAAAAGAGAUAUCAUUAAAACGACAUGCAUCAACGGAGGAUGUUAGUUUUGAUGCCGCUAAGAAGCAAAAGACAGACAGUUUCUUCAAUGAGGAAAGAGAAUUGAUUCUAGAAGAAAACAAGCAGAAACGUGGUAGGGAUGAUUCGUCCAAAUCGGAAGAGGAUCUUUCUCCUCAAAGCAAAUCAAUCAGACCUGCAAAACGUACAAAAACACUAUCCUGUUACGAUAUCUUAAAUUCGCUGAGUUCUAGUAUGCAUGUUGCUACUGGCGUUAAAAGAAAAGCAGCUGAUUUCUCACGUAGUGGGACACCCGACCUCGAAAAGCACUUCAAGUCAUUGGAAAGUACACAUUCCGGUAAUUCUCCUACUGUGCUGCAAUCACAAAAUUUAGAUACAAGUCAUACAGAUAAACCCGAGUUUAAAGAAAUCUAUUCGAAAAAUCUUGAGACACUCAAUUCUAAGAAAACAGAAGAAUUUCCUCUGAUGAAGGGAAUAUUGAAGUCAACUAACAAAGAAUCAAGGACCAACUUAAACCAACCAGCAUCAGUAAUAAUCCACAAAACUACGAAAAAAGACGCCACCGAAAUUAAUAAUACCAAAUCCGUUGAUCCAUCAAAAUUUGUCAAAUUGACAGAAAAAUUAUUUAUGAGAGCUGAACCCGAACGGAAUGAACGGUUGAAGUCGCUCGUGGAAGAACCAAGUAAUGUAAAGGUCAAGUUUGCAAUUGAUAAUGUGGAAGAGAUAAAGAGGGAGGAUAUACGAAAUAUGAGGCGAACUAAUAUGAAGGCCAGACUCCAAAGUAUGUUCAAUGCAAUAUCAGGAAAAGAGAACAAAAUCAAUCCGGACGUCGUGAUACAAGCGGACGAUAUUAACGCAACAGUUACGCCACCAGUUACGUGUUCAGCCAUUUGCGCGACCCUUAAUUCUCUGACAACCACGACCAACAUUAAUACUAUGCCGCUCUCCACCGCGGCUAUUCUUCCAAGUGGUUCCUCUUCGUCGAGUCCCGAUGCGAAACUCGGUUCGAAACCAGCUAUAACUUUUAGCUCAACGAAUACCACACCGAAUACUAAAAUGCAGUCAAACAUGCCGUCAAUAAAUACUCCUGAAAGAAAAGAAACAACUGAUCAAGCGAAAGUCGUAUCAGUUGCGCCCGUGAUUGCGAAUACAGAGUCCUUACAAAAAACCGUAUCUUCGACUCCAAGUACAGCACCAACUUACACUUUUGGCAAACCGAAAGCAUCAGCUACAACGUCGAAUAGUUCAUUACCGAAAAGUAGCACUACCUUUACAUUAACUGCUACUACCACACCAACGUCUUUAUCAACAUAUAUUAAUUUCCUACCAGUAGAUAAAACACCAUCGAGCUGGGCAUUCGCACCUGUAAAUUCUAGCGCUACGACAAUUCAGACGAAUAACAUUAUUACUACAAGUGCAACCGUUAUUUCAUCUACUGCAGUCAAUACUACACAGGCUAAUUCUACCUUCACUUUCCGUGAUGCCAAGACAUUUUCGUCUCCUGUUACGAUCGCUCAAACUACAACGCCAAGUUUAUCGUCUCAAUCCACUGGGAUGAUGAUAUUGCCGGUUAAGACAACUUCAGGAUCAAUUAUCAGUGCCGGUUUUAACAGUACUGCGAGCAGUACAUCAAAUAGCCUCACAACAGCAACAUCCUCGUCUCCACCUUCGUUCAUUUUCGGAAGCAACGGUACCGUUUCGCAACUUCCAAAGUCGAAUAGCUUCAUGUUCGGCCAAUCUGAUAGUAACAUCCAAUCGAAAGUGAACACUUUCCGAAGUCCCUCGAACAGCCAGACGACAUCAUUGCCGCCAGUUACGACUAAAUCUUUUAAUUUCUUCACAUCCAAUAUUUUGGCGACGACUGCCGCAAGUAACUUAUUUACGAAUGUCGCAUCGUUAGCGACAUCGACAUCAACAUCCAGAUUAUCGAGCGUACCUGUGCUCAGUACAUCCACCACUUCUUCAACGGCUACUUCAUCUACCAGCAAACCUCUAUUUGCUUUUGGCACUUCCAAUACUUCAAACGCGACAUCAACAGCUGCAAUUCUACCAGUUACAACUGCCAACAAUAUAACCAAUUUCGGUGCGAUGAAGAAUAAUGCCGUUCUCACAUUUGGUACGUCUACCACGACCAUUACCCCGCAAUUUAGCACGUCUGCAAUCACCGUUCCACAAUUCGGUGUAUCCACCACGUCCAUUUUCGCCACUACAUCGAAUACAACGACGAGCACAAAUAUCUUUGGUACGACCAGCAAUAGUCAAUCAUUUUUCGGAACCGCACCAGUUGUACCGGGAACUACUAGUAUAUUUAACAGCCCGACAACUACGGUGCCUUCGAUCUUCGUUACGACGACCAACGCUGCAUCUUCGCCAAGUAGCACCAUCAGUUCCAGUUUAUUCGCCAAUGCUAACGCCAAUUUGACUUCGACGACCGCUGCGCCUUCGAUGUUCGGCAGUGGCACGCCAAUUUUUGGACAGACGAAGCUUUCGCCGUCCUUCGGAGCAGCAAGUGGCAUGUUUGGCACCGCAACCUCACCGUUAUUCAAUUCGACCACGCAAGCCGGCACGACCGCGUCCACAUUCAACAUCACCGGUAACGUCUCCACCGGUACGAUCACCCCUGGCUUUGAUAGCACGAGCAACACGACGCCCGCGUUUGGAGCACCAAGCGUAGGAACAUCGCAGACAACAUCGUCGGCUUUCGGCGGUACGACCAAUAUGUUUGGUUCGACCGAUAAGAACACAUCGGUUCCCAUAUUCGGAACGAACGCUACGCCGGCUAGUGGAACUUUUGGACCUUUGGCGACGACGAGCACCUUCGGUACGCAAAAUCCUACAAAUCUCACGUUUGGAGCUGCAGCAAGUGGCGGCACUAUGUUCGGUGAUAAUAAAUCUCCAUUCGGCGCAACGCCUGCGACUACUACGGGCUUUGCGGGUACAUCUACAUCGUCUUCGAUUCCCGCCUUCGGAGCUAGCAAUGCUAAUGCGAGCAAUAACACAAAUAAUAUGUUCGUCUUUGGGAACAAUCAGAAGGACGGACAACAGAAUACUACGUUUCCUUUCGGAUCCAAUUUUCAAGCUGGAAGCAAUAAUUCUACAGCUCCAUCGUCCACUCCAUUCCAAUUUGGACCUACAGCUCCCAAACCAGCACCAACAGGAUUUAACUUUACCACACCACAGCCAGCGACUACUACCCUAAAUUUCGGAACAUCAGCAGCACCGACCUUCAACCCCUCAACGCCUGGCAUGUUCAGCAUCGGGAGUGGAUCUACCGCGCCGCGAUCUAGGACAAUUCGUACGCGAAAACCGAGAUGAUGGAGGAUGUAAACGUCGCUCGUUCGUUUGAGUGCAUAUUUUCGUUGAAAUAUAUAUUUGGAAUGUUUGUUCAAUUAUAUUAUUUUAUAUAUAAUUUCAUGCGAAUAUAAAAA